CGGGGUCUCGGUCCCUCCGCGGAAGGACGGGGCCGGCCCGGACGAGGCAGGACUCGCCCUUCGGCCCCGCGCUCCCCGAGCCAUGGCGCCGGCCCUGUGGCGGGCCUGCAACGGGCUGAUGGCCGCCUUCUUCGCGCUGGCGGCCUUCGUGCAGGUAAAUGACCCAGAUGCAGAGCUGUGGGUGGUGGUGUACAUAAUACCUGCAGUACUGACCCUGCUUGUUGGACUUAACCCUCAAGUCACAGGUAAUGCUAUUUGGAAAAGUAUCUCUGCAAUACACACGUUCUUUUGUACGGUGUGGGCUGUUGGCUUGGCGUACUACCUCAUGCGUCAUACACAACAGAACAUCUUACAUGAGGAAGAAGGCAGGGAGCUGUCUGGUCUGGUGAUUAUUACAGCGUGGAUGAUCCUGUGCUGCAGUUCCUCAAAUAGAGACGGGGUUUCACCAUGUUGUCCAGGCUGGUCUCGAACUACUGACCUCAUGAUCUGCCUGCCUCAGCCUCCCAAAGUGCUGGGAUUACAGGUGUGAGCCACUGCAUCUGGCCAAUUUAAACAUACUUGAUGUGUUUCAGUCCAUGACAGUUACUGUCUUUAUUGAUGCUCACACCAUCCCAUUUUUGGCCAGUGGCACUUACUCAGGUUGGCUCCUGAAUUGUUUCUGACAUGACCCUAGUAAAUCUUUGAUAGCUUCCUUGCUUUCUGGUAUGCAAGAUGUUAAAUCACAAAGUCAUUUUAUACCCAGGAUCAUGUUUUAUGCCACAGACCUGGAAUCAGCAGUGUUUGCAAUGUUUAUGAAUUUAUAUAUGUCAUAAAGGUAUAUGUAUACAUAGAUACAUAUAUAUGUACAUGUAUACAUUUAAAGUUAAAGUAUCUUAUGAGUUUAUACUAACUACUUAAAUUCAGAGGCACCAGUUCUCAUUAACCUUAUUGGACAUUUUAUAUCUGUAUCUCCUUUUAAAACAUGGCAAAAUCUCUAGUCUCAGUGACCUCAACAUAAUCACCCAUUUGAUUUAUUCUAUAAUGCAAAUGCAAUCUCAAAAUAAUAAUAUGACUAAUGAAAACAGGUUCUUUUGUUUGUUUUUGUUUAUUAGAGUAUAACCUACUAAGGGAUGUAUACUCAAAUUACUGGGCAUAAUUGUUCUGUAUGCUAAUGCCACCAAUUGAAUACACAGGUUCAUUUAUUUCUAGGGAUAACUGUAUUGAAAAUAUACUGAUAUUAUUUUAUAAUUAUGUAAAAUAUCUGCAUGGCUCGAAAGUCAAAUCUAUAAAAUAAGAUAUAUCAAAAGAAAUCUAUCCAGUAAAACCAGGUGGAAAGAGAAAGAAAAAAA